AAAUAAAAAAAUUUAGUCACAGCACAGGUAUAAGGCCUUGGCAUACAAAUUUUUGUAUUCUUGAUAGAGUCUCUUACAAAAAUUACGCCAUUGGGCUGAACUAUUAUACCGAAGGAAAAAAAAUGGGUGUUCUCCAAAUCGUAAUUGCUUAGAGCCAGACAUUUCCACAACUCCAAAAGCACACCCAAAUUUGCCCCAAAAACUCUCCAAUACUCAUGACUAGAAGAUAAGAAACUAUCAACCACUCAAAUCAAGCAUCAUGAAUUCCCAACUCUUAAGAUCAAAUUUAACACCCAUUUUCCAAAUCCCACUACCAAUCCAAUCCCACUUACCCAAAUCAUUCCCAAUUCUCUCUCCAAUCCGCUGCAACAACAACAACAACAAUGGAAUCAACAAUACCAGCGAAAACCUAGAACCACCGGAAACGGUCGAGAUAAAGUUCCGAAGAGGAUCAAGAAAACGGCAAAGACAACAGAAUUUAAACGAAGAUCCCAUGAAGAAGUUCGGAAAUGAAGAAGUUCAAGUUAAGAAGGAUUGGGAAUCAAUGAGUUUAUCUGAGAAAGCAAUAGAAUUGUAUAUGGGUGAAAAAGGGUUAUUGUUUUGGAUUAAUAAGUUUGCUUAUGCUUCAAUUUUUAUUGUAAUUGGUGGGUGGAUUUUGUUUAGAUUUGUUGGUCCUUCUUUGAAUCUUUACCAAUUAGACACUCCUCCUCUUGCUCCUGAUAAUAUGUUUAAAGGUUCUUAAGAUGAUUUAUUAUUAAUCAAUGGAAUGUUUUCUCUUUAGUUUAUUGCUUUGA